UGACGCAUUUUGACAGCCGACGUAAUAUCUGUGCGCCAGAAACUCAAAGAAGAGCGCGACUGUGAUAUGUAUUUUUAGCCCAUGGUGUGUAGAAUUUAAGUGAAUACUGCAAUCCUACCGAUUGCAUAGUCAAUAUCAUAUGUUCGUCAGCUUAAUGCUUCUUUGAGCGUGUUCCUUGUCUAUUUGGCAUGCACUCGGGACAGUCGCUCGUUGUGCCACGGGAGCUUCCCGCUGCCUGGGAUGCUGUAACUGCAGCGUUGGUUUCCCCAUCCUCCAUGUCGCAGCCCGAGGAGUCGCUCUCCCAGGCGGUAGCGCUGCUCUGCAGCCACGGUCUGGGCCAGUGUGUGGAGGGCUGGCUGCUGGAGACCAUGCAGGUGCGGCUCACCUCCGCCGUGGCGCCCGAGUUCUGGGCGGGGCUGGAACAGCCGGAAAACGAGCUGGAGGAGAGGGACCGGGCACGGAUCCUGCUCCAGGCCUUCCGAACCCUCCUCGCCCGCCUGGAGCCCUUUUUAGGGGGGCUGGAGCGCCUGGGGGCCUGGCAGGACGAGGGCCGGGGAGGGCUGUUUGGCCCCGGGACGCUGGGGCUGAGGGAGAGGGCCUUCUCCAUGAUCCGGGCCAUCCUGCUGUCCUCGCCGUCGGCGGUGCUGCAGGGCAGGGUGCUGGAGAUCUACAGCCGGACGCUGGCCGUGCACAUGAGCCGCGAGGGCGGGGGCGAGGCGGCCCCGGGGCCCGACAGGGACCUCUGUCCCGGCUGCGCGACCCCCCCACAGCACUGCUGGUGCCAGGAGGCCCUGGAGGAGCUGCAGGAGUUCAGCCGCAUCCUCUCCAGGCUGCAGCUACUGGAGAGGGUGAGCUCGGAGGCGGUGACCUCCAUCCUGCACCGGCUCGUAGCGCAGAGGAUGGAGUCACGCUGCCGCGGGGAGUACGAGGUCUCCUUCCUGUCCGACUUCCAGCAGUGGCUGGAGGGGGUGUUGGGCUGGCUGAGUCGGGUGUUUGUGAGCGAGGCGGGUCCGGCGUGCUCUGGAGAGGAGCGGGGCCUCAUGGAGGACGGGCCAUCUGCUGGAGAGGGGCGGGGCAUCAUGGAGGGAGGGCCGUGCACUGGAGAGGGGCGGGGCAUCAUGGAGGGGGCGGCAAAGGCCCAGCCGGGCGGGGCAGUGCUGCAGCGAUGGAGGUGCCACAUGCAGCAGUUCUUCUGCAGGAUCUACGUCAACAUGAGGAUCGAGGAGCUGUUCAGCAUCAUCCGCGAUUUCCCCGACUCCACGCCCGCCAUCCUGGACCUGCGGUUCUGCCUGGAGAGGACCAAUCAGAGGCAGCAGCUCCUCACUUCCCUCAAGUCUGCGUUUGAGACCAGACUCCUUCACCCAGGGGUGCUCACGUCUGACAUCAUCACGGUCUACAUCUCGGCCAUCAAGGCCCUUCGAGAGCUGGACCCGAGCAUGGUCAUCCUGCAGGUGGCCUGUCAGCCUAUUCGCAAGUACCUCAGGACGAGGGACAACACGGUGCGGCAGAUCAUCGGCAGCCUGACGGGGGAUGUGGACGGCUGCAUAGACCUGGCCAAUGAGCUGUCCCGCGCUGACCCCGUGACCCUGGAGACCCAGGACAGCGAGGACGAGGGCAGCGACCCUGAGGAGUGGACCCCUGACCCUACAGACGCACUAACAGAUAAGACGGGCUCAAAACGGCGUUCCUCUGACAUCAUCAGCUUACUCGUCAGUAUAUACGGCAGUAAGGAGAUCUUCAUCGAUGAAUACCGCACCGUCCUGGCAGACAGACUGCUCCACCAGCUCAACUACAACACCGCCAGGGAGAUCCGUAACGUGGAGCUGCUGAAGCUGCGAUUCGGGGAGUCCCACAUGCACCUGUGUGAGGUCAUGCUGAAGGAUGUGGCAGACUCCCGCAGGAUCAACACUAAUAUCCGGGAGGAGGAGUCUCGUCUGCCGGAGGAGGAGCAGCCCACCCUGCCUCUAUCGGCCAUGAUCCUCUCCUCCGAGUUCUGGCCCACGCUGAAGGAGGAGAAGAUGGAACUCCCCCCGGUGGUGUGUCAGGCCAUGGAGGCGUACACACACCGCUACGAGAAGCUAAAGGCUAUGCGGACCCUGAGCUGGAAGCCCCACCUGGGUUCUGUGACUCUAGACAUUGAGCUGGGGGAUCGAACCCUGACCAACCUGUCUGUCUCCCCCAUCCACGCUGCCAUCAUCCUGCACUUUCAGGAUAAGAGCUCCUGGUCGCUGGAGGACCUGAGCGGGGUGCUGGGGGUGUCCCAGGACACAACGCGCAGGAAGCUGGCCCUGUGGCAGCAGCAGGGGGUGGUGCAGGAGGAGGCGGGGGGGCAGUACUCUGUGCUGGAGGCGGGGGCGCUAAGGGAGAGGCCCGAACGGGGGGUCCUGCUCAUCGACAGCGACGAGGAGGGGGUCUCCAACACCACCACCCAAUCAGAGCAGAGAGAGGAGAAACUACAGCUGUUCUGGGCCUACAUCCAAGCCAUGCUGACGAACCUAGACAGCAUGACCCUGGAGCGCAUUCACGCCAUGCUGCGCAUGUUCGGGGCCACGGGGCCCGUCCUCACCGAGAUGGACGUCAACGAGCUGCAAGCCUUCCUGGAAAGGAAGGUGCGCGACCACCAGCUCAUCCUGUCAGCGGGAGUCUACCGGCUCCCCAAGUCCAACCACUGAGGGAGAGAGAUGAGAGAGAGAGAUAUGUGAGAUGUGAGAUGUGAGAUGUGAGACAGACAGACAGACAGAGGUAUCAGAAGUAAUAAGAGAGAGAGCCCAGUUAAUGUGGACAUAGAAACGGGGCUAUGCCUGCAGACUUCUGAUGUUACCAGUGAGAGCCUUACUUCCUCUGGUAUCCUCCUCACUUUUUAACUGAACUCUCUUCAUGAGGUAUAACCCUCCUCCCCCCCCUUCUGUGGAUGGACCUGUCUAAAUGUACACCAAACUAUGUGUUGAAGAUGGCCUCUCGCCUGUUUUUCUGAUGACUGCAAUGUUUACUGACUUUCAUAAUAAAUUUCAAAAAGGGAACUGAGGCUUGAAAACGCAUGCACUCGCAACGCAGGCCUCUUACAAGUACAACUUAUAAAUCAGCAUUUUUCUCACAGUGGGGACACUGGGGAAGGGUUUAGUGCAGAAAAUAAAGUGUGUAGGGCCUGUGUGGGAUGGCUGUCAUGGGUGACUGAUGUCUUUGGCUGUGAAGUCUGUUUACAGAUGGAGAAAAUAGCCAGGGGCACGUUCAAUCCGGAAACAUUUUGCCACCGUUUCUGUGUUGAACAAUAUAUUUCCUCCCAACGGUGUACCACGUUUUGCAACAGGAUUUUAGAUAUUUUUGCUACCGUUUGGUGGGUGUGCCAUUGGUGUAGCCCGAAUCAAUAAUGAUUUAUUCUGUUUAUUUUCUGAUUUAUUAUGUUUUAAAGCCCGGAGUGCGCCUUCUCAGACGCCAUAAGAGCAAACCGUACCUACGUCAGCCAGUCGUCCACGGUUUUGUCGGGGCUGAACGUGGCCUUAAAAAGGCAGCUGAGGGAAGAGGACUUUCCCGAGACCCUCACGUGUUUUGGUUGGUCCAGAGUAAUCCAGACAUAAUAUAUCCACCCAUAAUAUAUGUUUUUUUUCCUUCCCUCAAUUCCAAAAUACCUAAUUGUGUACAUUGUUGUCUCAUACACUAGAACAGUGACAUAUCACAAUUAACUUCUAUUGGCAACUAAGAGUUUUUCUGUGAUAUUAUUCAUCUGUCCACCCUAUAGGAUGUUCACACUGGAGAUUCCAAGAUCCUUCAUUUAAACGUUUUCAGGGAAACUGCAGUCACCACAGAAUAUCGAAUGUCAGUCUAUUCAACACGGAAAUACCUGUAUUGGAAAAUGA